AUGCAUCACCUCACCGGAUCACCCCUCACUGUGUUCCAUUUCGGCCACAUCGAUGCAUCACCUCACCAGAUCAGCCCUCGCUGUGUUCCAUCUCGGCCACACAUCGAUGCAUCACCACAAUGGAUCAGCCUUCGCUGUGUUCCAUCUCAGCCACACAUAGAUGCAUCACCUCACUGGAUCAGCCCUAGCUGUGUUCCAUCUCGGCCACACAUAGAUGCAUCACCUCACUGGAUCAGCCCUCGCUGUGUUCCAUCUCGGCCACACAUCGAUGCAUCACCACAAUGGAUCAGCCCUCGCUGUGUUCCAUCUCGGCCACACAUAGAUGCAUCACCUCACUGGAUCAGCCCUUGCUGUGUUCCAUCUCGGCCACACAUAGAUGCAUCACCUCACCGGAUCAGCCCUCGCUGUGUUCCAUCUCAGCCACACAUAGAUGCAUCACCUCACCGGAUCACCCCUCACUGUGUUCCAUUUCUGUUACACAUCGAUGCAUCACCUCACCAGAUCAGCCCUCGUUGUGUUCCAUCUCGGCCACACAUCGAUGCAUCACCACAAUGGAUCAGCCCUCAGCUGUGUUCCAUCUCGGCCACACAUAGAUGCAUCACCUCACUGGAUCAGCCCUCGCUGUGUUCCAUCUCGGCCACACAUAGAUGCAUCACCUCACUGGAUCAGCCCUCGCUGUGUUCCAUCUCGGCCACACAUCGAUGCAUCACCUCACUGGAUCAGCCCUCAGCUGUGUUCCAUCUCGGCCACACAUAG